AUGGUAGAUAUGAUCACCUACAGACAACUCCACUCCGAUGAAGAUGUGUCAGAGGACCGGGAAUAUUUGAAUGACGCGAUCAUGGAUAGCGACACACCUCCCACGGGUAAUCUGCUUUUACUCCUACCUGCCACUGUCCAUGGCUUCGGAUUUCAAGACAAGAAGUGGCGUCUCCUUUUUGUCUCUCAAAUUAAACCGAUUCAGUGGAACGAACAAGCAUUCGACCACCUCGUACUUGACUGGACAAAGAAAGAGCUCAUACAGGCACUGGUUAAGAAGCACGACUCUUCAGGAAAAUCAACAGACUUCAUCGAGGGGAAAGGAAACGGACUCGUUCUGCUUUUGCAUGGAGGCCCCGGUACUGGGAAGACUCUCACAGCAGAGUCUGUUGCAGAGUUAACUAAUCGCCCACUAUAUCGAGUGACUUGUGGAGAUGUAGGAACAAACGCAGAAGAAGUUGAAGAAUAUCUAGAAUCUGCACUCAAUCUCGGGAAAAUAUGGAAAUGCGUGGUCCUUCUCGAUGAAGCUGAUGUUUUUCUUCAAGAGCGUACACAUGAAGAUCUACAGCGCAAUGCCCUUGUCUCCGUUUUCCUCAGAGUAAUCGAGUACUACGACGGGAUCCUAGUCUUGACCUCGAACAGAAUUUUGACUUUCGACGAAGCAUUCAAGUCGCGGGUUCAGCUGAUCGUUCAUUAUCCCGGGCUGAAAAAAGAUGAUAGACGGCGUAUCUGGUUCCACUUCCUCCCGAAAUUGCGCAACACACGCAAAGAUUCUCAUGUUGAGGAGCUGGAGGAGCGAAUCGAGGAAUUGAGCGCCAUUGAACUUAAUGGGAGAGAGAUUAGAAAUGCUAUUCAGACUGCUACGUUGUUUGCAGAAUUUCAGGGUGGCCCUAUGAGAUACGAGCAUCUACUCAAAGUAAUUGGGGUCGCAAAAGAGUUUAAAGAUCUAUGUGGCGAUGAUGAAGAACGAAUUCGACGGCGGGGUAUUCGGCCAUGA